CCGUCUGAAGACACAGAGAGGACGACCCCAGAGCAGCGUCCCGUCUGAAGACCCGAGAGGACGACUCAGAGCAGCGUCCUGUCUGAAGACACAGAGAGGACGACCCAGAGCAGCGUCCCGUCUGAAGACACAGAGAGGACGACCCAGAGCAGCGUCCCGUCUGAAGACACAGAGAGGACGACCCAGAUCAGAGACCAGAAGACACAGAGAGGACGACCCAGAGCAGCGUCCUGUCUGAAGACACAGAGAGGACGACCCAGAGCAGCGUCCUGUCUGAAGACACAGAGAGGACGACCCAGAGCAGCGUCCUGUCUGAAGACACAGAGAGGACGACCCAGAGCAGCGUCCUGUCUGAAGACACAGAGAGGACGACCCAGAGCGAGAUGGACAGACUUCUUCUGCUCAUCAUGGCUGCAUCAGGGCUGAGUGCUGUCUCAUCAGCUGCUGGACGUCAGUACUAUUUUGUGUAUGACAGGAAGAACUUUACUGAAGCCCAGAGAUACUGCAGAGAGAAACACACAGACCUGGUCUCUGUAGACCACAUGGAGGUCAUGAAGGUCCUGAACACCACCGCAGAUCUAGACCAGAUGAUCUACUCCAAGAACAGCUACAGAGCCUGGAUAGGACUGUCCCGGGACCAUGACCCCAACAGAUGGACGUGGUCCCUGUCAGACCCAGGUUUCUACAAACCCGGGGAGACGGACUUCAGACGAUGGGCGCCAGGACAACCAAACGAAGGAUACAGCGUAAACAUCUGCGUAUGGAUGUAUCCUGAUGGAUACUGGUACGACACCAGUUGUGACAACACAGGUUAUCCAGUGUGUGCAGAUGUCGGAGGGUCAAAUGUCACUUUUGUCGUUGUCCGCAAUGCUAUGAAAUGGGCUGGAUCCCAGAACUACUGCAGAACCCACCACACAGACCUGGCCAGUGUGAGGGACAUGGCAGACCACCAGAAGAUACAGGGGAUGCUAGGUGGAGGAGGUAAUUCCUGGAUUGGCCUCUUCAGAGACCCCUGGAAGUGGUCUGAUGGAGGUUCCUCCUCAUUCAGAUUCUGGAAGACCGGACAACCAGAUAACAUCAACGGGAACCAGAACUGCGUGGCUGCAGACUUCAGCCAAUCAGGAGCCUUGGAGGACUGGCCAUGUGACAUGGAGAGAGCGUUCAUUUGCUACGGUCCAGUGGUUCCUGUUACAAAGAAAGUGAUGAAAGUGAAGUUUGAGAAGAAGGGGGACGUGGAUCUGAAUAACCCUGCUGUGAUGGCGGCCAUGUUGGAGCAGCUCCAACAGAAGCUGAGGGACCAGGGGAAGGACCCCAACAUCAAGCUGAGCUGGAGGAAGCAGGCCGAUGGACAGGUCUUCCACUAGGAAGACCAGAAGACCACCAAGAGGAGGAGGAAGAGGGACGAGCUGUAAUGUGGAGUUGCUGCGUCUCUUUCUUUCCUCUAAGAUGUGACGGAGCAGAACAGAGCUGCAACUAUCAGCUGAUUCAGAGUCAGUUCUGGAUCUUCUUUUUCAACCUGGACCCUAUUUUCCCAUGCGCAUGCUGCUCUAUACACGCUAAAAGUAGUGAUUAUUUACAUGGAGUCUGGUGGAGAUAUGCUGCUCUAUACAUGCUAAAAGUAGUGAUUAUUUACAUGGAGUCUGGUGGAGAUAUGCUGCUCUAUACACGCUAAAUGUAGUGAUUAUUUACAUGGAGUCUGGUGGAGAUAUGCUGCUC